AUGUCAAUAUCAACUACCUUAAAUCUACCAUAUACUUUUAAAAUUGAUCCAAAAGUAACUAAAAAUUCAGUACAAACUUAUUAUGAAACUUCUAUUGGAUUAUGGAGAAAUCAUUUUAAUGAAACAAAUGGGGAGACAUAUAAUAUAAUGGAUAAUUUAACUGUUUUACAAGCAAAAUGUAAUCAAUUAAACCAAUUAUCAAAUAAUAGAAAUAAUCACAUUGAAUUAAUAAAUCCACUGAUGCAAAAUCAAAUGAUCAAUAUUAUAAUAAAUGGUGAUUCACAAUAUCAAACUGAUAUCAAAUCUCAAAUUUUAUACAAUUUCAACUCAAUUAUUUCCAAAACAAUAACAAUUGAUAAUUCUGAGUUUUUAUUAAUAAAUGAGAAAUUUAUAAAUCAAAUGAAUAAAUUAUGUGAAAGAUACCAAGUUGAAGUUAUUUUAAAUAAUGAUAAAUUAUCAUUUGAUAACACAACUAAAUCGGAAAUUGCUUAUUCAUUACAUAUGAUUGGAAAUCAAGAUAAUGUUACAAUUUCUGAAACAUCAUUAAAAAUAUUGAUUGAUCUGUAUUUAUCUAACUACAACAUUGAUUCAUUUCAAAUUCCAUUGAGUUUAAUUCCGUUAAUUGGUGGAACAAAUUUAAAUAAUUUUAAAAAAAUUGCAAAACAAACAAAUUCAAUUAUUUAUAUACCUGAUUUAUUACCAAAUUUAUAUAAUUCUGAAAUUUUAACCAAUAAUUAUGAUAUGUCAAUUUGGAUAACUUCAAAAAAUUUAAUUGAUUUACUGUUAACUAAAACAAUAUUGGAAAAAUUAAAUAACAAUAAAGUUUCAUUAAUUACUAAAAAAAUUACAAUGAAUCAAUCUAAAAUUGAUUUAAUUAUAAUGAAUAAUCAAAAAGAACUUAUCAAUUUAAUGUUGAAACAUGGUACUUUCAUGCAGUUUCCAAGUUUAGGUGAAUCAAAUAACUCAACUAUCAUAGUUCAAGGUAGUAAAGUUGAAACAAUUGACGAAUGUAUAACUGAAUUAUGUUUAAUUGCGGCUCAGUAUUAUACAAUCACUGGAAUAACAACUCAUCAACAAGAAAUUAUUCAAAUGUGUCAAUAUACUAAAACCUGUACUGUUACCACUAAAGACACUUCAUUCAAAAUUAUUGGUCAUAAUAAGGAAAUUAAACAAUUACUUAACAAACUUGCACAAUUUUCAACAAAUUUAAAUAUACAAUUAGAAUUAACUAAUGAUCAAAAAGAAUUUAUAAGUGGUAAAAAAAAUGGUAAAUUAAUAAAAAUUUUAAAUCAAUUGAAUAAUAUUCCAACAAUUUAUUUCACUCCUUAUAAUGAAUUUAGUUUUAAUAUUGAUAUAAAUACCUCAUCAACUUAUAUUUUACCACAAGCUAUUGAAUUAAUAGAAUUGGAAUUACCAUCAGAAUUAAAAUUUAACAUUCCUGAAGUAUUCCAUAAAUCUAUAAUUGGUAAUGGAGGUUCAAUGAUUCAAUCAAUAAUGAAAAAAUACAAUGUAUUUAUUAAACUUUCAUCAAUCACUGCUGAUGUUUCAUCAAAUUUAAAUUUUUGUUUCCAAAGAAAUUCAAAUGUAUUGAUAAAAUGUCCAAGAAAAAAUAUGUCAAAUAUUCCAUUAGUCAAAAAUGAAAUUGAUAAUUUAGUUUCAAAAUAUUGUAUUAACGAGGUACAACAACAAAAUGUUACUUUAUACUACAACAUCAAGUUUCAAAUUUUAAAAAAUCAAUAUUUAUCAUUACUUAGCAAUAACAAAUUAAAUUUAAUUAAUAAUUUAGAAUCUGAAUAUAAUUCAUUUAUAGAUUUCCCAAAUUCAAUUGAUAAUUUUGAUUCAAAUGUUUUAGAGUUCAACAUUAAAGGAUCAGAAUUGAAAAUUAAAAAUUGUGCAAAAGCAUUACAAGAUUUAUUACCACAAUGUUAUGAAUUCAAAUUCACUUCAAGUUUCAACAAAUUUAAUGAAGUAUUUGGUAUUAAUAAUCAAGAAGAUUUUAAAAAUCAUAUUUUAAUACCAUUUAAAUUAUUAUUAGGCUACGAUUUAAUAGUCAAUGAACAUCCAAUUGACAGUGGUUUAUCAUAUCAUCAAAUUAUAUUAUCCUAUUACGACAAUGAACCGAUCACAAAAUUAAAUAACGCAAUUGAAUCAUUAACUUAUUGGUUAAGAAACAAAGGGUUUUCAGUAAUAGAAAUGUCAAACUACAUAUUCAAUUCAAUUUUAAACACAUCAUUAUCAUCACCAAUUAAAAUCCAAAGAUUUACAUCAAAUUUAAAUCAACAAUCAAUGCCAUUACAAUUAAUCACAAAUUUGAACAACGGAUCUCCUAUAAAAAACCAAGUCAAUUUAGAAAGUUGUGGUUCAAAUUCAGCAACAAAACAUUAUAUCGUAUCACCAUCAAGACAACAAUUGAUGAUGUCUUCUCCAAUUAAAAAUUACCAACAAUCAUAUUAUUCUAAUGUAUCACAACCUUCAUCCCCACAAAAACAAUUUUAUUACAAUUCUUCUUCACCAAGUACUGUUGAUCAGUCAUUUUUUAAUUCACCUUCAAAAUAUCAUCAUCAUCACUAUUACCAAAACCAACAACAAUUUUUAAAUUCUCCUGUUAAAUUAAAACCUUUUGAUUAUAAUCAACAAGGAGUUAAUAAUUUUGUUUAUAAUGUUUAA